UCCUAAGAUGGCGUUGGAAAAAUUUUUUUAACCCCAAAUACGUCUGGUAUUUUGGUAAAAUUUAUCAGAGACGUAUAAAUUUUAUCUAAUUAUUUAAUAAGGAAAAAAGUAAAUUAACUGGGGGUGAAAUGGCUUCUAAAAUGGUCAUACAACCGCGUUUUCUUAUAAGCACUGGUUUCAAAAAAUGGUGUUACAAUCUAUCACGUUUCAAUCAAUACGGUCUUAUGCACGAUGACGUUCUCUAUGAAACACCAGAAGUUAAAGAGGCAAUACGUCGUCUUCCUCAAGAUCUUCAGGAUGCCAGAGUAUUCCGGAUUGUUCGUGCAAUGCAAUUAAGUUGCCAGAAAGAUGUAUUACCUAAAGAACAAUGGACAAAAUAUGAAGAAGAUGUCCGUUAUUUGAGACCAUACUUAGAAGAAGUUAAGCGAGAAAUUGCUGAGAAAAAAGAGUGGGAUAAAGAAUAAGUAUUUAAUAAUAAAAAAAAGUAAUAGAUAAUUAAUUAGUAUAAUUGUCACGUUGUUUGUAAAUUAUACUGAAUUGAAGAUAAAGAUAAAAUGUUGUAAAUAAAAAAAUAA